AUGGCUACCGCUGAAAAGACCCAAGAGAAGCAGAAGCAGUUCCAAGUGCCGGAUGACGUUGAGUCUGGCGAAGACUAUGAUAGUGCCGAUGAUUACUCCGACGAUGAUGACCAGAACCCUCCCGCUCAGAACAACCAGCUUCAGCGCCGCCGCAAGCCGCAACCAAAGGCAAAGCAACAAGAUGAGCUCGACGAAUACUCCGAUGAAGAUGACUACUCGGACGAAUACUCGGAUGGAUAUUCGGACGAUGAGGAGGUGAUGCAACCCCGGAGGGCCAUGCAGCCAUUCAAUGGGCAAGCUUCCAAUGGGAUACCGGAUGGCGACUUCAACGUGAUUGACGAAAAGGCCAAGGACAUCGAUGAGGAGGAAGGCAUGAAGUUGAAGAUCGAAUUGAAUUUGGAGAUCGAAGUGGAGCUCAAGGCCCGCAUCCACGGUGACUUGACCCUCGCUCUGAUGAGUUGA